AGUGGUGGCGGCAUGGCGGGGAUGGAGAUGGAGGAGAUGGAGCAGAUGGAGCAGCGGGGCGGCGGCGCGCCGGUGACCGACCCCCGCGGGGUGCUGCGGCAGGGCCGCGCCUUCCUCGACUUCUUCUGGGACAUCGCUAAGCCGGAGCAGGAGGUGCGGCUGGCGGCCACUGAGAGCCUCCUGCGGCACCUGCGGGAGGGCAAGAAGGACGAUGAGCUCAAGUACACCCUGAAGCGGCUGGUGGAGGGACUGGGAGCCACCCGCGAGGCCGCCCGCCCUGGCUUCAGCUUGGCCUUGGCGCAGGUUUUGCAGGCUUUUGAGGAAAUUCCACUGUGCAGCAUUUUGGAACAGAUAAAAGAAAAACACAAUCUGGAAAAAGUGAAAAAAAAACUUGUGAGAAAUGCUGCCUUUGGGAACUUCUUUGGAGUUAUGGCUCUGUUCCAGUCUGGGCGGCUUGUGAAGGACCGGAAAGCUCUGCUGGAGAGCAUCCAGCUUCUCCAGCAGCUGACAAAUCACCAAACUCACCUCAGAGAUCUCCCGCGCAAAACCCUUAUUGACAUCACCUCUGAGGUACCCGAAACUGUGUUUGAGGAGGUCCUGUUUGACAUCUUGCAAGGCGACCUCUCUUCAGCUUUCACAUCUCCAGAGAACCUGCACCUUUUGCUUGUGGGUAUGCAGAAAUUCCCUGGUGUUCUGAAACCUAAAAAGCUGAAGAAGCUGUUUGGCUCCCCUACUGUUGUAAAUGAGGAAAAUAUUUCCAGACUUGUAGAGCUUCUGAAAAGUGCUGCCAAGUCUGAGAAGGAAGACAAGAAAUUGCCCAGUGUAGUGUUUGAUUUGCUACAAGUGGCACUGAAGGAAGGUGCCUUUGAACUGUUCUGGAAUGAAGUCGUGGAGAAUGGGCUGUUGAAGGAGAAAUCAGGACCUGUGAGUUACAUGUGCUACCGACUGCUGGGCAGUGCUCUCCCCUUGCUGUCCAUGGAGCAGCUGCAGGUGGUUCUCAAAGGGAAGGUGAUGCUGCACUAUGGAGAGCACGUGGUGGCGACUCAGUUUCCACAGGGAUUUAAGUUUGCUGCAGAAAUGGAGGGAUAUAUUGACGCAUUUCUGAGUGGCUGCGAUGACCCAGAAAGGCAAUUGGCUGUGAUGAAGGGUUUCUCUACCCUUACCAAUCAAGGGAAGCCAGUGUUAUUGAGUGCUUCCAGGGUAGUCAGACACUUGCAGGCAGUGGCCUUGCAAAAAUACAUCUGCUGGCUCAAAGACAUGUUCCUCAGGCCAGACCUGGACUGUUGUUUAGAAUUCUCAAGCAACCGGCAAAAACAGAACCGGGAAAAUGCAGACAUAGCACAACAGAAGACUGCUCGACUGAGAAAAUGGAUCAUCCACCGACUGGUUAACAUCACUGAAAGUGCAACAAGAAAAGAAGAGAGCCUUGUGAUGGACAUUGCCAGGUUUUGCUUCUUCCAUGCUUUCUUUGUUGCUAAGAAGAAGAAGAAUUCCCAGAUAGCUGAGGCCAGUGUCCUUCCAUCAGAGCCCCUAAAUGAACGGGAUCAUACAGAGAUAGAAAACUACUUCUUUGGGUUACUUCAGACAUUAAACACCCUGCCCGUUUUGGGGGAUACAGCAGAGGCUGCAGCCUUGAGAGAGAAGCACGUCCAUGGCGUGACUGUGGAUGGGAAGCUGUGGGUCUUUCUCCUCGCUGAGUAUGCCAACAAGCUGCUCUCCAGUGAGCAUGUCAAAGCUGUGAAACCUUUUACCGAGGAACAGAGGGAUAUCUGGGAGAGAACACUUCAGUCUGUGAAGAAUCUGCAGAAGAAGGAAAACAAAUCAGACAGUGCUAAAGUUGGUGCUUUCCAACAACUUCUGCUUUCAAUUGCCAUUCAUCUUUUCAAGAAUGAGUCUGAAACAGUGGAUAUUCUGAGUGACCUUCUGAACUGCACAGAGAAGGCAUUCAGCAAAGAAGCCAAGAAGAAGAAGAAGACUGACAACUCGGAGCCAGGAUGGGUUGAGGUGAUGGUGGAAAUCCUUCUGUCCCUCCUUGCCCAGCCCAGUCUCCUCUUACGGCGGAUUUCCAAGAGCGUGUUUGUGUGGAUAUGCCCUAACCUGACCAAGAGAGGCUUGCAGCUGAUCCUGGAUGUUUUUGACCCUAACCAAGAGCAAAAUGAGGAAAGUGCAGUCGUGGUGAUGGAAGAAUCAAACAAAAAGACCAAAUCUGCACAGGACACGGAUGAAGAAGGAAGCGAGGACUCCUCGGAUGAAGACAACACUGACAGUGGAGAUGAGGAGAAUGAAGAAGUUGAUGAAAACUUUCGCAGUCAGCUGAUGAAAGUUCUCCAAGCAGGGAAUACCUUGGAAGAAGAUAAGAGUGAUGAAGAGCUGGAUGAUGAGGCUAUGAUGGCUCUUGACAAGAGCAUCUCAGCCCUUUUUGCUGAGCAGCAGAAACGGAUCCAGGCGAAGAAAGAUGAGAAAGACAGAAUGCGGAAAGAGAAGAUCCUACGGAGGGAUUUCAAGGCUAAGGUGUUGGAUCUGAUCGAUGUGUUCCUGGUUAAGCAAGCAGAGAACCCCUUGGUGUUUGAUAUCAUUGAGCCCCUUCUUCACUUGAUUGAACAGAGCAUGAGCUCAGACUCUGACAAGCAGGAGCUUGACUUCCUCCAGAAAACAGCUAAUAUCUUCAAGAACUCGCUGUGCCGCAAUAAGCAGUACUGCAAGAGAGUGGCCUCCCUGCAAGAAGAUCUGCAUGCUUUGGUGCAGAGACUUGUGGAGAAAGCCUGCAAGCACACCGACUCUGCAGUGGCUCUCUACUACUUCAGUGCCUCACUAUACCUGCUCAAAGUGUUGAAAGGAAACACGUCACCAACGCUUCCUCCCCCUGAGCCCAAGAAGCAGAGUGACAGCAGAGCGCAGCAGGAGUCCCAGCUUUUGAACCCAGGCUGUUUGAAAGUGAAGAAGGUGGCUGUUGUCUAUCAGCAGGCACUGACCCAGUUCCUCAGUAAACGGAACAGCCCCCUUACAUGCUCCAUGUUCCACGAUCUCUUCAAACGCUUCCCAAUCAUGUGUAAGCCAUUAGUAGAUACUCUUGUUAAGUUUAUCACAGCAGCAGCCAGGCAACAUCAGCAGGCCAUGGCCUGUAUGCUUCUCCACAAAGUUCUGCUACUUCAUGAACUGAAGCUCUUCGUGACAGAGAAGGAGUGGGAGGAAUUGAUCACCAGAAGCAUCAGCCAAGUGACAGAGUGCUUGAAAACACUUGGAAAACCCAUCAUGAAGGCUGAGAAAGAGAAAGUUGUCAAGAGCUUGGAGCUGUUGAACUUUCUCCUUAAAACUGUGACAGGGCAGAAGCUGAAUGUGAAGCUGACAGAGGUGGAGAAAGUGCUGCUCCCUCUGAAGCAGCUGGAGGACAUUGGGAACUCGCCACGGCUCGACUCGCUCUACUGGAACGUCAUGCGCUGGCUGAAUUACACGAAGCCCAAGAAAGAGAAGACAGCCAGUAAGCCCACACAGGGAGCGGAGCUGCUCAAGAGGAAGAAAAAAGGCUUCCUGCCAGAGACCAAGAAACGCAAGAACCGCAAGAAAGGCACCCAGGAGAACGGGCUGGCACCAGGGGGAGAUGGAGAAGCAGCAGCCCCAGAGGAACAGCCGCUGGGAGCAGAAACCCCCAAGCACAAGAAAGGCCUCGUGCCUGGUGGCAGCAAAAAGCAUCCAAAGAGGGCGGGCAGGGAGAACGGAGCGGCAAAGGAGGGCGGUGGGGAGCUCCCCACUGCCAAUGGAGGAGAUGCUGUGGCUGACAAGAAGAAGAAAAAGAGGAAAAACAGAAAAAGAAAAGGUGCUGCAGGCAGUGAAGCUGAGCAGGUUCCAGCUGCAAAGAAAGCCAAGGGGAGUGUUGUUCAGGAGACCCAGCAGAAGCAAGACAAAGCCAAGAAAAAAAGAAAAGAGAAACAAGCUCCAGUGCUGCAGGAGUGAACUCCAUGGACUCAGCCAGGACAUCCUGGGAUUUUGUGCCUCCGCUGUGUGGAACCAGAGGAGGAACGGCAGGCAGGAGUGACGGGUGGGAAACAAGAGUGAGCUGGAUGAGAGGGUUCCCUCCAGGCAGGUUAGGGAGGGAAUCUUCACCUGCCUGCAGACAGCGCAGCCGUGGCACCCAGAGCACCAGGCUGGGCACAGCCCACAGGAGGCCACAGACCUGCUCUGGGACACCUGCCAGGGUCACUGCAGUGAGGAGCUCAUGUGGAUCAGCUUGUCAGUCACUUUGGGAAGGGCGAAGCACAAGGCCAAAGCCGUGCCAGCUGUUGUUUCUGACAGGAUGGCAGUGCCAGCUGUCAGCCUGGAGACGUUGGCUGACCUCUGCUGUCUGUGCUCAUGGCUGUGUUCAGCCCCCAGGACCUGCAGAGUGGCCAAGGGGAAAAGGGACAGGAGAGCUGCAGGGCUCAGUGAGAGUCAUGCUGCCCUAACAACUCUUUAGCCAGUUAAAUUACCUGACUGUAGGCUGGCUUUGAUGCAGUUUAUAGAAUGCAGUCACUAAUCCAACAAGUCAAAUUGCACUUAUUUGGGCCUUUUAAUAAUCACAAAGAUUUGAUUUACUUGAUUUCAGGUCCUGUCUGUUGCUCGACCGUUAGGGCUUUAGACGACUGAGCAUGGUGUGAUGUAAACAAAGCUUUUUCUUCUCAGCUGCCCUGGGCUCAGAGCUCUGGCACAGAGCUCAACAAUUCUGGAUGCAGGAGAACAGCCACAGGCCCCGGGCACUGAUCUCAGGGGAGGGAUGCAAUGCUGGGGACUGGCCAAGGCCAUGGGACAAAUCCAGGCACGUGGAGUCCUGGGAGGGUGGGCAGGCCCUGGCACAGGGUGCCCAGAGGAGCUGUGACUGCCCCUGGAUCCCUGGCAGUGCCCAAGGCCAGGCUGGACAAGUCUUGGAGCACCCUGGGACACUGGAAGGUGUCCCUGCCACGGCAGGGGGGGUGGAAUUAAUUGGUCUUUAUGGUCCUUCCAGCCCAAACCAUUCCAUGAGUCUCUGAUUUCUGAUGUAAUAUUCCGUAUGUCACACAGAGAUUUUGCCAGAGACUCCAAGCAGUGGGUGCAGUGUUGGAGCUGCUCGGGAGAAGCUGCCAUGCAAUCAGCACCUCUUUGUACAAGGUGAUAAAUGAAUGCACCAGUGACACCAGCACCAAGAACAUCAGCUCACACACACACACACACACACACACGUGUGGCCGUGAUCCAAACCCAGCGUGGACAGCACACUCUUGUUAGCAGCUGAUGGAUGGAGGCUAAAGCUGCUGGGCUUCAAAGCUUAUCUAUCUGCUGGGACAUCAGAAUUUGGAUAAUUAUUCUUAUCAAGUAAUUUACAAGAAUGAUUAAGCUGAAAGCCCCGAGCACUGACAAAAGGCCACCAGGGACGAUGGUUUAAAGUGACUGAGCCUUUGCUUUGGCAGUUUCCUGCCUGGGACACUUGCCCUGUGCUGAAGCAGGACUCCGAAGGAGGCUCUGCAGGGAAAAGGAGGCUGCAAUCCACCCCCUUCCCUGCUCCUGGUGUGAUUUCUCAGCAGACUCCAGGCAGGCUGGUGUCCAGGUAAGCUCUUGGCAGCUCUGAGGCUGCUGGAGCUUGGAUCUUUAUCCCAGGGACCAGCUCUGCAGGCAGCAACCACAGGAGAGCACG